GCCGGUCGUCCUCCAGCACAGUGGACCUGCCGUCAUGCUGCUGAAGGCUCUGCUCCUCGCGCUGAGCUCCCGGUGCGUCUUCGGCAGGAAGUCCGAGCCGAUGCUGGAAGAGUCCCACGCAGGACUCUUCAGGGGCUCCGACAAGUACGACUUCGCCCUGGUGGUCGGCGCCGCGGAGACGGAGUGCUUCUGGCACUUCGCCCACCAGAGUGGGAGCUUCUACCUGACCUACAUGGUGCAGUGGGUCACGGGGAUGGCCAACGAUCAGCGGCUGUUUGUGACAGUGAGCUCGCCGCAGGGCGCCCUCGUGGCUUCAGAGAAUGAGGCCUUCGGUCGGAUGGGUUUUCAGACCGAGGUGACAGGUUUUUACAGGCUUUGUCUCGGGAACCACAACAACCAGUUUGGAGGCAUCAGGGUCUUUGUGAACUUCGGCGUCAUCUACGACGGCUCUGAGGAGUUGAGGAGGGAAACAGAGCAAGGAGAGAGGGUCCUCAACAGCACUUUGGCCGGCAUUGAGGAGAGUGUGCAGAAGCUCCAGAAUCACAUCCUCCACACGUGGCGACACUACAUCUUCGCCCGCAUGAGGAAAGGGAAGGACCACUACCUCCUCCUGUCCAACCUCAACUACGUCACCUGGUGGUCAGCGACCCAAAGCCUCCUCAUCGUCCUGUCUGGGUACCUGCAGCUCUUCGUCCUCAAGAGACUCUUCCGAACGCCAGCAGACGCCAGCAGGCCCCGAUGCUGAAGGGAAGGACGUCCCCAGCAGAGACAAAAAGGAUACGAGCUGGUGUCAGGCCAGAACUUUAAGUUAUGUCUUUUCAUGCCGAUCAUAAAAUAAACUUCUCUCCUCCCUGUGUAUUGGUUAAUAUCACUAGUGGAACCAAACAUCUAAAGUAUUGUUCGACUUUACAUGGACCAUAAUCUACUAAAAGAACAUCAUCUGUAUUGAAGAAGACUUAAACUAGAGAUUGAAACCAUGAAUUUAAAAUGUUUACUGAGGGAAUAAAUCAAGAGAGACGUAGAGUCAUUUUCUCAGUCUAUCUACGGGGAGUCGCCCCCUGCUGGUUAGUGGAGAGAAUACGAGAGUAUUUGAGAACUGAGGAUAGAAUUUGUGUUCAUUGUCAACAAAAGGAAAUAAAGACUACAUAAUAGUGUUUAAUUAACACAUCAUUGUGCCAUUGUCAUAAUGAGAUAGAUAUUUAUCUGCCGUUUCGGAAACAGAUGCCAAAAUAUUUUAUGGGUUAUACAAUGUUAACAAAAAACAUUUUCAUUUGCUUUGUUCCAUAUACAUAUACAUUGCAUAUAUGUAUAUAUAUAUAUAUAUAUUUUUUUUUAGAUAACAUAUUACAUUAUGUAUGUAUGCUGUACUUUUACCAUGGUGGGGUACUUCCAGUGUGAGUACUUUCACAGCAAUGGAGGGUUUGAGUUCAUGUUUAAGACCAUGUGACCAGCUCUUAAACGUGAAAGGUAAAAUAGUUGAAUUGCAUUUGAUAUAUUAUCUAAAUGCAUUGUAUGGCAUUAAAUAUGAUAAAGGAA